CUCGUAAAGUCUCCCUUCUCCAUCUACAGAUGCUACUGUGCUUGAUUCCAUCACCUUGGAUCUGUCCUCACUCAUCUUGUUGAUGUGGCCUUGAAAACAAGAUCCCCGUUUGAUUCAAUUACUGUAUUCAAAUUUCAAAGGGAGUCCCCUGUAUUCAGAUCACCCUACAAAACUUGCCUUGGCCGACCCUAAAACAACCUUGCUUCGUCAUCGGAACACUCCAACAACUUCGACGGCGUCUCCAAUUGCUCCCCUCUUGGCAAAAUUCAGAGAGAAUCGGCAUAAAACACUCCCUGUGUUGCAAUUGUCAUAGCGUAUAUUUCACCUCACUUGGAAGUUGUGCUUUCGCAGUCACAAACAACACCAAACAUCCUAUUGCUCUUUGGUUAUAUCCGUCUUCCUCCCGGCUCUUAUUCGUUCUGGAAUAAGAUGGACCCAGAACCACACAGCCAGACACAGGCAUUCCCGCCUUCUACCCGAGGAGACACUACGAAACACGAUGGCAAGCCAAAUGAUUCCGAACGAUCAGAGGCCAGAGAUCAAGCGAAUGCCAAAGUAAGCAUAUCAGUUCCAUCUGGAACUGGUAUUGCCGGCCAGAGAAUUCCUGACGGCAGCACUGAGCUCUCAUCGCAAGCAGUAAAACCCUUCGACAUCUUCAAAGACGUGUAUGGAGUUAGUCGUACACCAGGCUCCCCAAGUUCAGAUACUGAGAGCCAGCAUCGACCCAUCACGUCUCCUCUUACUCAUCCCAAUGGUGUCUCUAUGUUUCCAGGCCUAUCGGUUACGGAGCAGGAAGCCAUGUCUCGACAAGCUUUUGCUCAAGCCGAAGACAACAUUGUUGCCGAUAGUGACGAAUACAGUUCCAUAGGCGAUGCUGGAUCCGAUGCCGGAUACGGGAGCGACAAUAUGAGCACUGCAAGUACAUCCAUCGGGUCGUCUGUUCGGGACUAUAUGUUUGAGAAUGGUCGUCGCUACCAUAGCUUCCGGGCUGGUGCCUACAACUUCCCCAACGACGACAUAGAACAAGAGAGGGAGGACAUGAAACAUGCAAUGGUGAGGCUUCUCUCGGGCCAGAAGUUACAUUUUGCGCCAAUAGACGAAAAUUCGCAAAACAUACUUGAUAUUGGAACUGGCACAGGAAUCUGGGCAAUCGAAAUGGGAGAACAAUACCCCAGUGCUCAUGUUCUAGGCAUCGAUUUAUCACCCAUCCAACCGACAUGGUUGCCGCCCAAUGUUCACUUCAUGGUUGAUGAUGUUGAGUCUCCUUGGCUUCAUCCUCAGAAUCAUUUUGACUAUGUACACUCUCGGCACACGGUUCAGGGGAUCAAAGACUGGCCUCAACUUUUUAGUAAUGCUCUCCAGCAUAUCAAGCCUGGAGGCUGGAUGGAACUCCAAGAAAUUCAUCAUUACCCCCACCAUGCAAGAACAGGAGACGCUGUCCCGCCACGCGAGCACCCAGUCGCACAGUAUUGGACAUAUAUUAAUGAGGGGUUAGCACAGCUUGGAGUCGACUUUCCCGCAGCAGCAGGAGGUAAACUGGCUACGAAAAUGCAGGCAGCUGGCUUCGUGAACGUCACGGAACGGGUAUUCCAUGUGCCUCUUGGGACUUGGCCCAAAAAUCAAGUGCUUAAGACUGUCGGACUGUACUGGCGCACUAUACUGACGGAUGGCUUACAAGCAAUCGCAUUGGGUCCCAUGUCAAGGGGCAUGGGCUGGAGCCGCGAGCAGAUUGAGGUGUUUCUUGUCGAUGUGCGAAGGGCGUAUAGCGACCAUACGGCCCUUUUGUAUAUGCCUAUGCACAUUGUCUAUGGGCAAAAGCCAUACUAAAUCGUCGAACGGAAUCAGAGCACACAAACGAAUCAAAGUCGCUUCGCGUUCAAAGAAUUUACAAGGACGUAUUAAGCCGACAGCCCUAUUCUGAUGCUGCCACGGGUCGCACGGUAUCGUGUGGCCGCUAGAGAUGCGAGAUGGAAUGGAGGCGGACGCUAUGCUAUCUACCCGAUAGAACCGGUCAUGGUCUCGGCUGUCUAUGGCCAAGUCUCACUGGGAAAAGAGAGCUAGCGCUGGGUAUUUGGCCUCGACAUCUGAUUAAUCAACCUUUGCCAUCAUACAGGGCCAUCAACUUGCACAACAACUGAGGCCGAAAAGACUGAUCACCCACAGCAAAUGCAGCCCGUUGGACAGAUACUCCGGACACAGAAGUUCAGUGAACAACUAGAGAAUGCACGUGACUUCUUUAUUUUCGUCCGGGGUCCUACAUGAACCAUGUUGACCGUCGGUUUCCUCAGCUGCUGUUGGCGCACGGAAUACUUUUACACAAGACAGGCGAAUUUCCCCACGGUGCAUAGGAGCAGGCGUUUUCGUCCCAGACGUGCGAUUAUUAGCGAACAAAACUGCACGACCAAAAAGCUUCGCGAAAGACGCUUGGUGUUUUCGACGGAGGAUGACGGCUCGUAGUAGAUUUACUUAUGCAGCCAAGCUUCGUGCCACCAGCACCAAUACUUCUUAGCUUCCGGGCUAGCUUGUGGAGAACUAGGAACAUAUUUUUAAUCUAACCAAACCUGUGUUAUCGUAACUACGCACCCCAGCAGC